AUGUCUUCCUAUACUCUUUCAACCUCUGAAAUUGCUCUUUUGCUUCGUAUAUUCAGGCAUGGAGCCUUUGCUGAAGAUGAAGAUUACCUUGAAGAUCUGUUGGUCCGUUUGGAGGCACUCAGCAAUCCCUGGGAUCUGCCAGAAGAUCAGUCCACCUACGUUGUCAACUCUGAGACUCUCCAUCAUGAUGUAGACAUUGGCCAUACUGGGAAUCUGGCAGGAACUGAAGUUGUGGGUGAGGAUAUGGUUGAGGAUGAGGAUGAGGAUAGAGAUGAGAUUGAGUGGGAGGAUGAGGAUGAGGAUAGAGAUGAGAUUGAGUCAGAGGAUGAGGAUGAGGAUGAGGAUGGAGAAGAGGAUAGAGAUCUGAACCAGGAGGUUGUCAUGCAAAAAAUGCAUGUUGUAGAUGGCGGAAAAAGGCUGGCAGUGGCUGGUGGGGAUCAUGGUAGAGGAGGAGGAGGAGGAGAUAAAGGAAAGCAUCGUGGCAGAAAGCCCUGUGUCAGAGGAGGACAAAAGGAACCGCGUCAACAAAACCAGGCUUUGUUGGAUGUUGUGGGAUUUGAGGAUGUGGAUAGCAGAGUAGCGGAGAAUGAAGAUGAAGACGAUGUUCUGGAAAGGCAGUAUGAGAUCGCUCAGCAGGAAACAGCAGAAGAAGACAGGGAAACACCGGAAAACCAUGUUUUAACAAAAUCUACUAGGGCUUUGCUCCUAAAGGUCUGCUCUGUCUGCGAUGAUAUAAUGGACUCUUCUGGUUCCUUGCCUUCUUUCCAAAGUGUUGUGGCGGAUCCUAUUGGCCUUUUGACCUAUCUUUGCAAUCCUGUCUAUAGUAAAUCAUAUCUUGAUGCAAUUCUAGGCGACCAAUCCCUGAAAUCUUUAGCAAACCGUUGCUCAAUGGCAGAGUGUAAUACUCUUGUCAGUAAAUUUGUGCAAGUUCUGUCUUUAAUGCAUUUCAGAACUAAAGUUGAAAGUGAAUUCUUACAAAAGAAGAAAACUACUCCUAGCCUUACCCGGAGACGGUUACUUGAAGACUUCUGGUUGGAUGGAAAAGAUAAACCUGAACCCAAGUCAAAGAAUGCUCUUUCUAUGGCCAACAAUGUUAGAAAGAUGCAUGAUUGGCUUAAAAUGGGGUCGGCAUUUUGUAUCUUAGGAGGAAGCGCGCUUCCUGGGCAGCUUGUCACCAAGUCUCUUAUUCCAGCUAUUUCAAAGCUUGGAGAACUUUUUGAUAUUGAAUUCACAUCCAUGUUUUCCCCCGACAUGCUCUCUGGCUAUCAUGCUCAAUACACAUCUUCGGUUUCUGCACGUAAUUUGAAGGAAUCUGAUAAAAUUUUUGACAAUAUCAAUUUCGAGACCUAUAGGAGAAAAAGGGACUGGAAUGCCUGGUCUAGCUUUUGUAUCAAUGAUUUACAGAAUCUUUCUGGCACUAUCAAUGAUAUAGAAGCAUAUUCAUCUUACGCCAAACAACUAUCAGGCCCUACAAUCUCAGAGGCUAUACCGUCAUCACCUACAGUUAUAUCUCAAUCCACGUCUCGAAUUUCAACUAUAUCACCAACUGUGCGCUGUUCUUCUCCAAUGUCAAUUUUAGAAGAUAUUCCUUUAUUGGAUGAUGACGCUAUGUCUGUAUCAGAUUAUAGCUCUCGUUGUCCCUCUCCGCUUCUGGAAGAUGAAGACGCUGCUUUCCCUGGCCAUAUUAUCAAUUCCACAUAUAAAUCGGAUGCAGACUUGAAUGCUAAAUUUCCUUUUAGUCGAACAGCAUCUAAACAACAGAUUUUUUCUACUACACAAGCGGAGAGGAAAAAAGCAGAAGAAGCACCAUCUUUUCUUGAUUUCGAGCAGUUCAGAAUACAGUUUAAAAAACACAUUACUCGUGCUGGAAUAAGAAGAGGCAAGAAAUAUCUUCUUCUUAGCUCUGAUAUUUUAAACCAGCUACCCUUGCGAAUCAAUGAUUCCAAGGGUGCUAUGCAGAUUAUUGUGGAUCCAACCAUGUCUUCCGAUAUGCGCUCAAAGUUAUGGACAAAUUUUAAAGUGGCAUUUGGUGAAAGCCUUGUGGAAACAGACAGCAAAUCCCAGGGGAAUAUUCUAGAAUAG